AUGUACCGACCUCUGAACUCACCAAACUCCAAAUCUGCCCGGAGUCUUCCCCAAGUGGACCCUCGCCCUCUGCCCCGCUCUGAACCACCACCGAGAACCACCAGAGCCCCCACGUACCCUCACAGUCUCCACCCAGAGAGACCCUCAGCAAACCCCUCAUCUCCCCCAAACCCAAGUCCUUCAAGUCCCCCGCGCCGCCCGUGCCCCAGCAGCCCGCCACCCUGCCCUCCACGUCACCGCUUCAGCCGCCAUCCAGCAAGAAAUACCGCGCACCGCUGCCCCCAAUGCAAGACCGGGUUCCUGCGGCGACCGGAGGAGACCGGGCCUCACACAACGGCUUCAACCUGUCCGACCCUCAGUCAGAGUACGCCACCAUCGCGCCUCAGCCCGUGGUGA